AUGCCUUCUAAAGUCUCUCAACAACAAUGUGGCAAUGCAUGUGAAUCUGUGAUGAAUGUAUUGAUUCAAGAACAUAACCGGCUUGAGCCUGUGAUAACUUUCAGCAAGAGUUCUUGCUACAUGAGCCACUCCAUCGAGUCGCUUAUACGUGGAUUUGGAGCAAAUCUAACAGUUUAUGAGCUCGACAAAAUUCCAAAUGGACAACAAAUUGAAAGGGCACUGGUGCAGCUGGGGUUUCGACAGGGUGUACCUGUCGUGUUCAUAGGCCAACAGCUGGUUGGUAACGAAAGGAAGGAGAUGAGCCUCCACGUCCAGAAACAAACUAAUCUCAUUGCUUAUACAAGCAAUUGCAAUAUGGGUUUAGAAUAA